GGGUAACUGGUAAUGGAAAGAUGAUAUGAGAGAUGGAGAGAUUUCCAGCCAUAAUUUCGAUAACUGCGAUCAUGUUGUACACGUGUCAAGCAACUAGUGGUCUCUACCCUCUGAUCUUGGUACCUGGCAAUGGCGGGAAUCAGUUGGAAGCUCGCCUGACCGAAGCCUACAGGCCGUCGAGCCUGUGGUGCAGGAGUUUGAAGAGUAAGGAAAAGUGGUUCAGGCUGUGGUUCGACCCGACUGUGGUCGUGGCUCCAUUCACCAAGUGCUUUGCGGAGCGUAUGACGCUUUACUAUGAUGUGGAUCUGGAUGAUUACCGUAAUGCCCCUGGUGUUGAAGUCAGGGUCCCUCACUUUGGCUCUACAGAGUCACUCCUAUAUCUAGACCCUUAUCUCAAGCACAUCACAUCAUACAUGGCACCACUAGUUGAAUCUUUGGAAGAAAUUGGUUAUGUCAAUGGCGAAACUCUCUUUGGAGCUCCAUAUGAUUUCCGGUAUGGCUUAGCAGCAGCAGAUCAUCCAUCCCACGUUGGAACCAAGUUCCUGCAGGACCUCAAAGACCUAAUUGAAAAGGCAAGCAUUACUAAUGAAGGAAAGCCAGUUAUACUUGUCUCCCACAGCUUAGGAGGCUUGUUUGUGCUCCAACUACUUAACCGAAACCCGUCUUCCUGGCGCCAAAAAUAUAUCAAACACUUUGUUGCUCUCUCCGCACCAUGGGGUGGCACUGUGGACGAACUUCUCACUUUUGCGUCUGGAAAUACAUUAGGAGUGCCUCUUGUCGAUCCAUUGUUGGUACGAGAAGAGCAGAGAAGCUCCGAAAGCAACCUAUGGCUCAUGCCUUCUCCCAAACUGUUCUGCGAUCAAAGCCUUGUUAUCACCCCGAAUGCUACUUAUUCUGCCUAUGAUAUCGCGCGAUUUCUCAACGACAUUGGAUUUCCACAAGGGGUCUAUCCUUACAAAUCAAGAAUCCUGCCCUUGGUAGAAGAGUUGGUCGCACCGGAGGUGCCAAUUACGUGUAUAAUCGGGACUGGAGUUCGGACUCCUGAGACUUUGCAUUAUGGACAUAGCUUUGAUGAGCAACCGGAGAUCGUUUAUGGCGAUGGAGAUGGCACAGUGAACAUGGUUAGCCUGUUAGCACUCGAGUCGCUGUGGAAGAAUGUGAAGAAUCAACCUGUUAAGGUCAUUCGAAUCGAGGGGGUUACUCAUACUGAUAUACUUUCAAACGAUGUUGCAGUUGAUGAAAUAGUAAGAGAAAUUUCUGGCAGAAAUUCUUAUGUCCUUGGUGUUCAGUCCCAGUGAGAUCUUGAUUAAGCUGCUGUAUUCACCAAUAACAACUCAGAAUGCUAUCGAGCUUGAACAUUCAAGUCUUCACAAUGACAUGGUUGUACAUUUUUUUUU